CGCGAGGCCGAAACCUUCACUAUGCUGAUGGCCGGACUGAGUGCCUUCGCCGCCUCCGAUGACCUCGUCCGCGCCUCCCAUCGCCAGAUCAAGCCCAUGUUCCACGGCAACCUUCCCGUCGCCGACGAGAUGAUCGUCCGUACCAUCGCCUACUACGCCACCACCGUUGCCCUGAUCUACUGCCACAAGCAGGGCAAAAAGUUCACCCCGCCACAGGCCCACCGCUCCCUGAUCGGUAACCUCCUCUGGAUGAUGGGGAUCACCGACCCGCGGGUCGAAAAGUGCCUGGACAAGCUGUGGAUCCUGUACGCGGACCACGAGAUGACCAACUCGACGGCCGCCCUCCUGCACGCAGGCUCCUCCCUGGCUGACCCCAUCUCCGGCAUCAUCGCCGGGAUCGGCUCGGGAAUGGGCCCCCUGCACGGCGGAGCGAUCGACCUGGCCUAUGAGAUGCUGGAGAUGAUCGGCUCUGCGGAGAACGUGCCCGAGUUCAUCGAGGGGGUCAAGGCUUCCAAGACGCGGCUGUUCGGCUACGGUCACCGCGUGUACAAGACGCGCGACCCGCGCCUGUCGCUGAUCGAGGAGCUGAUGAACGAGCACAAGGACGCGAUCGACGCAAACCCCAUCCUCCGGAUUGCCAUGGCUGUGGAUCGCCAAGCGAACGAGGAUCAAUAUUUCGUCGAGCGGAACGUCAAGGCCAAUGCUGAUUUGAAGGGUUGUUUCCUGUACACUGCCAUGGGCUUCGAGACGAACAUGUUCGCCGCCAUCGUUGGUCUUUCGCGUGUGCCAGGUGGAUUGGCCCACUGGCGUGAGACUCAGAUUGCCCCGAUCAGGCUCUGGCGACCGCAGCAAGUGUAU